GCAAUAAGAAUAAGAAUAUAAGAAUGAUAAGGAACUGCAUAAAUAAUAUAAAAGGCACGAACUAGAAAUUACAUUUUACGAUAGUUGUAAAAAAUGCACGAUGCUCGAUAGUUUUAGUAGUGAAACAUGAACCAAAAGAAGUUAUUUCUGGUGAUUGUGGCAGUUGUUUCUCCUUUACUUUUAUUUAUUUAUCAUGUAACUCCAGAUUUAUCGGAAGAGCAGUCUAUCGAAUGGACAAAACGCUUAGCAGAGUUAGAAUCUAACUUGGAGCAUUUACAAUCGCUUUAUCGCGUAAAACAAGAAGACGUUACAAUACUUUCACAGUACCUUGGCUUAGCACCAAAUGUUACGCUUAACAGCAACAUCAUCGACAACUUGAGUUCCGACACGCAGAAUGUCAUCAAAAACAUCUCGCAAAAGACAUCGAUGGCUGCCGUGCGAUUGCCCAGUGUUUCGAACUUUUUGCCGCAUUUGGUGCAGGACAUGGACGCCCUGAAACCCAUUUAUCUGGUGUCCCGCAACCGCAAAGAUGUGUCAAUUGUUCUCGGGAUCCCGUCGGUAAAACGCAUCAAGCAAAGCUACUUGAUAGGCACGCUCGACAAUCUCAUCACAAACAUGAACGAGGAGGAGCAGAACGAAACGCUGAUUGUUGUAUUUAUCGCUGAGACUGACUUAGACUAUGUGGAAUUGGUAGCGAAGGAAAUUGAGAUUAGAUUUAGUUUAUACGUAGAAAAUGGCUUGAUUGAGAUUUUGUCGCCGUCACCGUCGUACUAUCCGUCGUGGGACAAGCUGAAAAUAACGCUGAACGAUCCGCAGGAACGUGUCAAGUGGCGCAGCAAGCAAAAUCUUGACUUUGCCUACAUGAUGGCGUACGCACAAACAAAGGGAACGUUCUAUGUGCAGCUGGAAGACGAUAUUCUCGCGAAAAGUGGAUUUAUUACAAUCAUGAAGAACUUUGCUCUCGAAAAGACGGCAAAGAGAACUACGCCAUGGUUCGUUCUGGACUUUUGUCAGUUAGGUUUUAUAGGAAAAAUGUUCAAAAGUACCGAUUUGCCAUAUUUAAUCACGUAUUUUCAAAUGUUCUACAACGACCAACCUGUGGAUUGGUUGCUAGAACACCUAAUUUACACAAAAAUCUGCAACUGGGAUAAAGCAAUGAAAGCAUGCAAGGUCGAAAAAUCCAAAAUUUGGAUACAUUUUCGACCAUCGCUCUUUCAACACAUAGGCACAACGUCGUCGCUCAAAGGAAAAGUGCAAAAGCUGAAAGAUAAGCAAUUCGGAAAAAUUAACAAUUUUUAUCCGCAUGUCAACAUUCCAGCAACUGUUAAAACAAAUAUCGCCACUUACAAGUCGUAUACGCUCCAAAAAGCCUAUUCCGGAGAUAACUUUUUCUGGGGAUUAUUGCCGCAAGCCGGAGACACGUUGCAAUUUACGUUCCUCAAACCAACUAUUGUCAAAAAGUUUUUAUUCAGAUCUGGGAAUUUUGAACACCCCUCGGAUCGAUUUGACACAAAUACAACGGUAGAAGUUGCCCCAGUGGAGCGUCUUGUUCCUAGUAGUGAACAUCAUUUAAAUGUUACGAGUGAUGGAUAUGUUAUUGUUGGAACCUUCAACUUGUUCGGAAUAGCCGAAGGAACUGUCGACAAGAAAAUCGGAGCGAUAAAGGAAAUGAGAUUGCGUGUUCAUGGUGACAGUGAAAACUGGAUUAUACUCAGUGAGAUUUUGAUUGCCGGGCCAAAGAGAUGAUUCAAACGCCUCCAAAGUUAAUUAUUAAAAAUACAAAAAAAAACGUCGCUUUCCUAAAUAUCUCAUGUUCAUCACCCCAAAUUUACACGUCGUUCGAAUAUUUAUAAAAUUAAUUAUUAUUAGUAAUGAAUUGCCAUUUUCAUUGAAUUAACAAAAAAAAAACUAGAUUUUUUGUACUAUU